ACCAUGGGAACCGCGCGCCGCGCCACCACCAUCCCCCGCCGAGUUCCGCUUUCCGGUCACAUGGCCGGAAGUGAGAGGAGGGGUCAGGAAGGGGAGUCACGUGAUUCCGGGCAGCGAUGGCGGCAGAGGUACUGGUGCUGGCGCUGGCGCUGGCCGUGGCGGCUGAACCGGGGCGUAAGGUGCAGAUCGGGGUGCGGCGGCGGCCAGAGGCCUGCGGGGUGCGGUCCCGGCGCGGGGACCUCCUGCACAUGCACUACACGGGCCACCUGGAGGAUGGGUCCCAGUUCGACAGCAGCCGGGGCCGGGAUCAGCCCUUUGUGUUCUCGCUGGGCACCGGGCAGGUCAUCAAGGGCUGGGACCAAGGGCUACUGGGGAUGUGUGAAGGGGAGAAGCGGAAACUGGUGAUUCCCCCGGAGUUGGGCUACGGAGACCGUGGAGCCCCCCCAAAAAUCCCAGGGGGGGCCGUGUUGAUCUUUGAGGUGGAGCUGCUGAAGAUCGAGCGGCGGCCGGAGCUGUAGGGGGGCCCCCAAAACUUGGGGGGGUCCUCAAUCCCCCCCCUUUCCUUCUUGCUUCAGGGGCAUCCCCAAACAUCCCAGUGGCCCCCCUCCCCAAAUCUGGGGGUCUUCCCCCACCCCCCACUGGGUUUUUUGGGGGGUCCCCCCAAAAUUGGGUGGGAAGACAAUAAACGGUGAGAUCAG